CCCCCUUAGGGCCGCCGCCAGCCUCCUCGCCGGCCGGGGGGUGGGUGGCUCCGGUGGGCCGGGCCGUCCAGCCCCCAGGCUCUGCUCCCUCCCUCCCCGGGCUGGCUCCGCGGCGCGCUCCGCGGGGCCCCAUCGCUGCAGGGGGGGUGGGGGAAGCCUCCGGCUGAAUGGUCCCCGCUGCCACCAUGAACCAGGCCCCGGCCCCCAGCGGCUCCGAACAGCCCGGCCGCGAUGCCCGCCCCGCGGCCGCCAGCCAGCCGGCCUCCGGCAGAGGGAUGCCGCCGCCGCCGCCGCCCCGUCUGCCCCAGCUCAUCCACAAUGCGGCCAAGCUUCUGGACAAAAAUCCAUUCUCCGUCAGCACUCCAAAUCCGCUGCUUCCUUCUCCCACAAGUCUUCAGCUCGCUCAGCUACAAGCCCAGCUCACCCUGCACAGGCUAAAAUUGGCUCAGACAGCAGUCACCAGCAACACAGCAGCUGCAACGGUUCUGAAUCAAGUUCUCUCCAAAGUGGCCAUGUCUCAGCCGCUGUUUAAUCAAUUAAGACAUCCGUCCAUGAUUAACACGCCACAGGGCCAUGCCGGAGGACCUCAGCAAGGACCUGUGAUCGCCAAUACUAGAUUUCCAUCUAGUGGAAUACCUUUUCCAGCACAGAAUCCAGCUUUAGCGGUACCAGGAGGAAGCAUGGGGCCAGUUGGGAACAUGCAGAAUCAAAACACAAAUGCUAUUGUCAUGCACCCCUUUGGAGGUGUAAUGUCUCAGACGUCCAGCCAACCAGCUGUAGUUAUGAGUCUAAAUAAGGCAGGCCACUCAUCUGCUGCAGGAGGAUUUUAUGACUACAAUAAACAAAAUGUCUCUGCCCCUCAAGUAUACACAGCUGACGUAGGCCAGGGCAGUCAGCACAGCUUCAUGACCAGUGGGUCUCACUCAGUCUCCUCCUCCUCAGGAGGGGUACCCUAUGAGGGUCACUUUGGUCCUUCCGGCCAACUAAAACAUGACAGUCAGCCUGGAUUUCAGAAAGACUUCUAUGGUCCCAAUUCUAAAGGACAACAUCCAACGGGAAUACAAUCUUUGGGUUUUUCUGGUGAGCCACAGGUGAGUGCUCAUCAAACUGUGAGUCAGAAAGGAGAAGCAGGCCCUGGGGUACAUAACGCAGGUGCAAAUAGCCAGUGGGAAAAUGCUCCUAAUUUCUCCAGCCAGAACAAGCCUGACCUCAUGGUCAGUGGCAACUUGUGGCCAUCCACAGGUCAGCAGUAUGAAAUAAGAAACGAACUCUACAACCCUGAGGAACCGACACCUGACACAAAGUUUGGUGCUGGGACUACACUUCCUUUCCACAGACUUAACAAUAGUAAACCAAGUUUCAGUAGUUCCCGAAUGAGGCAGCAUGAGGAGUUGACUGCAAACACAUCUGACUUGUCAACGAGAUCUCUUCAGCCUCAUGAGCUAAAUGACUUUCAUGGCAUAGCCCCUCAUCACUUCCCACACAUCUGCACAAUGUGUGACAGAAAAAUCUUUGAUCUAAAGGACUGGGAUCAGCACAUUAAAGGAAAUCUUCACAUCCAAAAAUGUAUGGUUUUCUCAGAAAACACUGGCAUCCAAUGCACGUUAAGUUCAGCAGAGGCAGCGUUGCAUUCAUCUCCAAAUAGCACAUCAGUUUUCAACCCUUCUGGCAUCGAAGAUUACCCAUCGAAUGCUGGCUCAUCUUAUGCCACUGUGUCAACAAGAUCCUUUGGUCAGCCAAGUCCUACAUUUUCUUCCCCUACAUCUGGAGUAAAAUUCCCACAAAGGAAAUCCACCGAAGGCCGAGUAGUACACAUCUGCAAUCUCCCUGAAGGAAGCUGCACAGAGAAUGAUGUCAUUAAUCUUGGACUUCCCUUUGGGAAAGUCACUAAUUAUAUCCUCAUGAAAUCUACUAAUCAGGCCUUUCUCGAAAUGGCUUACACUGAGGCUGCACAGGCCAUGGUGCAGUACUACCAAGAGAAACCUGCUAUGAUAAAUGAAGACAAGUUACUCAUUAGAAUGUCUAAAAGAUACAAGGAGCUUCAGCUGAAGAAACCAGGUAAAAAUGUGGCAGCAAUCAUCCAGGACAUCCAUUCUCAAAAGGAAAGAGAUAUGUACCGUGAAGCCGACAGGUAUGGGACUGAGAGGCCCCGGUCUCGCAGCCCCAUAAGCCGCUCUCUGUCACCAAGGUCCCAUACCCCAAGCUUUACUUCCUGCAGCUCACCUCGCAGUCCAUUGGGUGCCAGCAGGACAGACUGGGGAAAUGGAAGAGAGUCGUGGGAUCAGUCCCCUUACUCCCGAAGAGAGGAAGAAAGAGAUGCAGCACUCUGGAGAGAGAACGGGGAGGAGAAAAGGGAUAGGACUGACACAUGGGUUCACGAGAGAAAACACUAUAUACGGCAGCUGGAUAAGCUAAACUUAGAUGGACGGAUCGAAGGAGCCAGAGGGCACAGAGAAAAGUACCUAAGGGGUGGUUCACCCAAUGCCCUUCAUGCUUUACCUGGGUAUAAGAGCAGGGAAGAUGAUUAUUACAGAAAAGCAUAUAAGUCAAAAUCUGAUCGAUACCAAAAGCAGCUGCAGGAUGCACCCCUGAAGUCUAAAAGAAAAGAAGAGGCCAGGUUAAGAGAGAGCAAACACUCUCACUGUGAGGACCUAGAUAAGGAGGAAGCUUCAGAACAAAGGCCCAACAAGGUAUUUGAAGGCUGCAGGCAAAAGCAAAGUGAUAGAUAUAAAAUCAAGAAAGCGGAUAAAGACCCAGUUGAAGAUGCUGCCGCUGUGGCUGAAAGCAGUGACGCGAAGGAAGGCAAUGCACCUGAGAACGAGCUUGGGAAAGAGGAGCAUAUUACAGAGAAGACCUCACCUUCAGCGAAUAAACAAGGAAAAGAUUCAGCAGAUUCUGUGGAAAGCGCAAGAAAAGAGAAGGAGCGAGACUGGGAGAGUGGAAGUGAGAUGGAAGGUGAGGCCUGGUAUCCAGCUAACAUGGAAGAACUGGUCACAGUGGACGAAGUGGGAGAAGACGACUUUAUUAUGGAGCCAGAUAUAACCGAACUUGAAGAAAUUGUUCCAGUUGAUCCAAAAGACAAAGCAUGCUCAGAAAUGCGUCAGUAUGUAACUAGCACGUUAGAAUUGGAAAAUGACCACAGCCAGAUAAACAGGAGUGAAGGCGAAUCUGCCCAGGAAGCUCCAGAAACGAGCUUCAGAUCAGCAAAGGAAAGCAGAGCUGCUUCUGGUGGCUGUCCAAAAGAUGAUGAUGAUGCAGUUACCGAAGCAUCAAGCCUAAAUCUGGACACUGAACAGAAGCCAGAUGAAUCACAAGAAGACAGAGCUCUUAGGGAUUCUAAUGAUCACAAAAAGGAAGGAAAAAUAGAGGAGAUCUCUGAUAUUCACAUGAAGCUGGAGGAUGGACAGAUACUUUCUGAUCAAAUGAAAGGAGAGACUCUCCAGCUCUCUGGCACUUUUAUGGAUCAUUACAAGCAGAUGGGAUCACAAGAAACGGAGAGUAGAGAAGUCUUGGACAUGCUUGUAAAAAACUCCAGUGAAGAAACAACCCGUGGAAGCCAAGAGUGUCAAGAGACGCGGGUAAAUUCUAGGUACCUGGAAAUGAAAUCUCCUGAAUUAUCAGAGGUGAAAUCUAAAAGAACCCAUUCUUCACCAUCCUGGGAACAAGAGGAUGUUUUCACUGAACUUAGCAUUCCUCUAGGUGUGGAAUUUGUGGUGCCCAGAACUGGGUUUUACUGCAAGCUUUGUGGACUCUUCUACACGAAUGAAGAGACAGCUAAGACGAGCCACUGCAGAAGUACUGUUCACUACAAAAAUCUUCAGAAGUAUCUAUCCCAACUUGCAGAAGAGAGUCUGAAAAUGAACGAAGAAGACAGCACUCUGCCACAGGACGAUGCUGGGAUUGUUCCCCACUUUGAGAAGAAAAAGCUAUGAUGUCACUGAACUAGAAGAGUUGUAAAUGAGUGAAUGCUGACAUUUCAUUGUUGAUCUACAUGAUGUGGUGAUCAGUUUGCACUGUGCAGGAGGAAGGAAAGCACAAUAAACAGCAUGUUCCAUGCAUCUAUGCCCAGGGGUCAUUAAAAACCAUAAUGCCUGAAUAGUUUCCCAUGGGGAAGCAGUGCUGGCGUAUCUGCAGCUAUUCUUUCUCAGACUCUGUGUGUUGGGAGCGGCUUCCUAUACUAACUCAGAAUUCUCAGGGGUUCUCAGAUGCCACACAGUAGGUCGGGCUGAGUAUUUAGAAGAAUUUAGCAUCCUCCAGUGGAAAUGAUCUGAAAGGAGAUGUCCAGAAUUAAGCUUUUAACGUUAAUAUAUUUUAAGUCACUUCACUCAUUAGUAUAGUGAACAAUAGGCCUUGUUUAAGAGACCUAAAGCCAUUGUGCUAGUACUAACUGUUAAAUGGCAUAAGGUAAACCCCAGUGGCAACAGGCUGUGUGCACCGAGAGCCUGGUGAUGAUGAUCAUCAUCGUUUUUUAAUUUUCGAGGGUUGUCCAUGUACUCGAUGUUGUACAAAGAUAGAAGAAGUCACAGUCCCUAUCUCUAGGAGCAUACAAUUGAAAUCGAAUACAGGCAGAACAGUUCAGGCUGAAAGUUAAUUGCUUCCAUUCUUCAGUGCUUUAUAUCCUGUGAGCUGGAUUCUCCUUGGUCAUUUCUGUGUUUGGAAAUAUUCCUUGGGAAAAUUCUAAAAGUGUGUCCACUUUGUGUCUUAGAUUAAAUUCACACAACAAGCUUUAUAACUGCUACACGUUUAGUUUAUGUAACUUGUAGAAUUCUUUAUCCAUUCUCAUUGGGGGGGGGGGGGUUAAAACAUGUUUUUCUAAUCUUGGCAAUCUUGAAUUUCCUGGUCUUUAUGGAAAUAGGCCAGACUCUUAAUGUUGUUUUAACAGUUUUUGUAUUCAUUCCCCCGAAUUUUUAUGGCAAGUGUAACAACUGUUCACAGAAUGCUGCAGUGAGAACACAGGAUGCACCAGCCACUAUAAAUAUUAUUAUAUGGCAUUGUUUAUACUCGGAGUUGUUGCUUAAUAUAAUGCAAAGUCCCAUUGAAAUGCACUAUUUAGAUUUCUGGUUAAUUUCAAUGGGCUUUGUGUAGCAAAAGUGAAUAUGUACUAAAACUGCUGCCAGAUUUGAUCCUGGAAUUAUGCUUUUACAAAAUAUACCGCAAACCAUGUCUCCAGGCAAGUGGUAGGAAAAUUUUUGAAAUUCGGAUGAAAAAUGGAGAAUGGGAGAAUUUGCAGAUUUUUCCCCCCCAUUCUUUGCCCAGCUCUGAUAUUAACCAUAUUAAGGGCCACUGAAACCUCUGGCAUUAGAUGUUUUACGUAAUGCAAUAGGACUUUGUGUACAGUAAAUAAUUUCCCCCCAGAAUGGCUUAUCCAUCACAGAGAGCAACAUUAAUAUUAAUAACAUUAAUAGCAAAAUAAUGCAAAAUGGCCAAUCUGCCAAAACUGCUCCCUCCAAAAAACCUGUUCCAUAUCACCUGCACCAGCAGCCAUAUUCUUCUUUCUCUGAAAAUUGUUUCUGCUCAGUAUCCUAUAUCUCCUGGCUGCAUUUUGUUGUUUGGCAAGUUCCCUUUCAAUUAGAUGGUGCAGGCAUUCCAUUUAUGUCAACCAGAGUUGAGUGCAAGCUGCAAAUCUUGGAUUCAUUUUUCUCCAAAGUUCAGGGAUUCUGUGGAUUCCAGGUUUGGGCUUGGUGCAUCAGAGAGAAAGAAAGGAAGAUACAAUAUUUAGGCAUAAAACUGAGCUUCACCAGAUUUCAGGUGUGACAGGACUUGGGCCCAUCUUUUAUUUAAAACCUGACUUUUAUUCCUCAUUUAAUUGAAACAAAAAAAUCUUGAAAAGCAAAUUCUUCUUGCUACAAGAUUUCUUAUUACCUUUUGAUGAGAUUUGUUGGGCAAAAAUAUUAUUGCAAGGUGUAAAAUCAUGAAAAGGGAAGUAAAUAUUCUGUAGUUACUGUCCAAGGCGUAGCGGUUAGGGCAGUGAUGCAUAGACUGAAUGUGAAGAAUUACUCUCGUUGCCUUAUACGAUAUGGCGGGGUGGAAAUCACCCCAGAUACAAGCAUCUGAUUUUUAUAUCCCAGACUGUUCCUGACCUGGCGCACUCACCAGAGUGGUGGUAGAUUUUUAGAUCACAUAGUUCCGCUAAAAGUGGAUGGGAGGUACGAUUGAUAGUGCCCCAAAUCCCCACGCCUCUGGCCACUUACCUCCAGCCAAACUCCAGUACAAAGAGUAUUAUUAUUAUUUAUUAUUCAUUUGUAUUGCAGUAGCACUGACAGGCUCCAGCCCCAUUGUUCGAAGCACUGUAACAAAAACUUUCCCAAACCCCAAAGAGCUUACAAUCAAAGUUCAAGGUGAGAAACAAAGGUGGAUGCAAACAAAUGGGGGAAGUAGAAGGUGACAGCGAAACCAUUCUGGUCAGAAGGAGUAAAACUACUAAAACUAGCUUCUGUGUUUGCCCAUGGGCUCAUUGUCAGACUUACAUGAGCGAUUCAGCUUAUUACCCCGAAAAUAUUAAACGCUAAGGCCCAGAUUCACUCCUGUGUUGCACCCCAUAUAUAUUUCACCUUGUACUCCCAGGGCUAGUUGCAUCAGAAGUGCAGGAUCCGUCUGAGUCGUGGGUUGGUAGUGGUAUCCUGCAGCCACCACCCCAGAGAUCUUGCCUGAGGAAGACUGCUUCAGUUUACAGCCAGGGCUCCAAAGGUUGGGGGCUUGACGGGCAGCCCAAGAGCCAUGCUGAGUCAGCACAACUCUCAGACAGCCAGGAUUGCCUUGCCUGGGCUGGCUGGUCCUAAUCCCCCCUGAAAAAUGGGGGGCACCCCUUUCCAUGUGGAGUUUCCUCCUCUGAUUGCCUGCAAAUCUGGGUUCCACUGGCAGAACCCAAGGGGUGAUUCUGGCUUAAUUACUAAUUACUAGUUACUAAUUACUAAUUAAUUAUUUGGGGUGCAGGGCCAAAUGUUUAGAGCCUCCAGAAAGGCAUUCACGAUGCUUGCACAUCAAAUCCAGGCAUUUUCAGAGGGGAUUUGAAAAUCAGGCCCCUAAGGACUAACUGCUGACAAAAGAGCACAUGAAUGUGGCCAAAAAGAGAGCUGUAGUCCUGAGAAUUUUAUUUUAUUUUGCAAAAUCCCUACAUUCAAAAGCAGUUGAAAAGAACCUCCAAGUCUUAGCAUUCAGUCUAAUGGUCUGUGCAAUCAACUUUCAGCCCAACGCAUUUAGAGACCUACUAUAUAAUGUCUUUCCAUCAAAACAGCCCAUAGUAGCAGUGCUGGCAGGCAUUUAACUCCAAGACAUCACUCUAAUACCUAUUCUGCUGAGAGGCAACACACCUGUACAGGUAGCUAUUUGCCUCUUUCAACUGCUGUAAAAUGUGUUGUUUCCCUUUUGACUUGCUAUAUUUAAAAUCUAAGUUGUAGUAUUUUUCUAGUCAGCAUAGUUCUUCAACAAUUUACAUUUCUGAUUAAUAUAUGGAUAGCGCCAGGCAGUCUCAAGUCUAGCCAAAAAUUAUUUAUUAUUAUUUAAAGAAGAGCUUCCAUGAUAUUUAUGAAUCAUUUCAACAUGUCUCAACCAAAGAUUUCACAAAGGCUGCAGCCUUUCUGAACAGUGAACAUGUUUUAUAUCUGCUGAUCUCAAAUAGUCUUUAAUGUUACAGUGCAACUUGCUUUCUUCAAGGUAAAAAUUAAAAAAAUAUCGAAACAUUAGCCCCAUAAGACUUAACACAUUUUAAUAUUGGCUUGAACACUAACUUAGUGUCAGGCUGGUUAUAUUCAGGGUUUUUCUAUUCUCUAUUAAGGCUGUGAUUUGUUUAAUUAUACUUGAACUGGACCAGACAUACUAUUUAUUGAGCUUAUAGAAUCUUGUUAAUUUAAGUUUUGCCUUGUAAACAAUGGGAAUUUGUUAGAACUUGUUGAGUUAUGUAGGUGGUGUCACCAGUAUUAACUGAUCUGUGCAACUGAUUGCAAAGUGUUUCAGAUUGUGUUUCUUAAAAAGGAUUUUAAUAAAGAGAAUUUUAG